GCGGCGGAGCAUCCUGAAGAAGCUGUCCAAGCAGAGCACGGUGAUGCACAGCAGCCGCAGCUUCAACUCUGGACUGCAGCACCACUCUGUGUCAUCCAGCGAGAGCCUGCCAGGCUCCCCCACACACAGCCUGUCACCCGGCCCCUCCACCCCCUGUCACAGCCCUGCCCCUCACCACCAGGCUGGAGGUAACACCAGGCCCAGGCAGCACUGUUUUUUAUUUAACCUUUUAUUUAACUAGGCAAGUCAGUUAAGAACAAAUUCUUAUUUACAAUGAUGGCCUACCCCGGCCAAAGCCGGACGAUGCCGGGCCAAUUGUGCGCCGCCCUAUGGGACUCCCAAUCACGGCCUAAUUGUGAUAAAGCCUGGAAUCGAACCAGGGUCUGUAGUGACAUCUCUAGCGUUGAGAUGCAGUUCCUUAGACCGCUGCGCCACUCAGGAGCUACUAGCACUGUUACUGUGACUACUGCUGCUACCACUAUGAUUAUGAUUACUAGCCUACUACUACUACUGUUACUAUUACUACUACCCUGUUACUAUUACUACUACUAUUACCACUACUACUACUACUACUCUGUUACUACUACUACUACUACUGCUACUACUACUACUUGUGUUUGUUUCGCGUGAUAUAUUGUUGUCUCUUCCUUUUUGUCCUUCGUGCUGUUGUCGGUACAAACAUAGUUAGGCACAAUGUUUCUGCUACCAUGUUGUGUUGCUGCCAUGUUGUGUUGCUACAAUGUUGUGUUGUCUUAGGUCUCUCUUUAUGUAGUGUUGUGGUGACUCUCUUGUCAUGACGUGUGUUUUGUCCUACAUUUUUAUUUCUAAUCCCAGCCCCCGUUCCCACAAGAGGCCUUUUACCUCUUGGUAGGCCGUUAUUGUAAAUAAGAAUUUGAUAUUAAUUGACUUGCCUAGUUAAAUAAAGGUUCUAUAUAUAUUUUUUAAAGAAGAAUACUACUACUACUACUACUACUACUACUACUACUGCUGCUACUAUUAUUACUAAUACUACUGCUGCUGCUACUACUAUUACUGCUACUACUGCUGCUACUACUGCUGCUACUACUACUACUACUACUAUUACUGCUACUACUGCUGCUACUACUACUACUACUAUUACUGCUACUACUGCUGCUACUACUACUACUGCUUCUAUUAUUACUACUACUACUGCUUCUAUUACUACUGCUGCUGCUACUACUACUGCUACUACUAUUACUACUACUACUGCUGCUGCUGCUGCUACUACUACUACUACUACUGCUGCUGCUACUACUAUUACUACUACUACUGCUGCUGCUGCUACUACUACUACUACUACUGCUGCUGCUACUACUAUUACUACUACUACUACUAUUACUACUACUGCUUCUAUUAUUACUACUUCUACUACUGCUACUGCUUCUAUUAUUACUACUUCUACUACUGCUACUACUGCUGCUACUACUACUGCGUCUAUUAUUACUACUACUACUGCUACUACUACUACUGCUACUACUACUACUACUACUACUACUACUACUACUACGGCUACAGUCACUACUGUAUUACUAAGGCUACUACUAGUACUGCUACUGUUACUAGUAACGUAAGCUUUUAUCUCCCAAUUUUGCUUGCAAUAUGUCUUUGUCCAUUUUAUUGUUAAUGACAGUGCAAUAGCCCCGUUGAGGUGGACUAUAAGCUGGUGGUUUUAAUCAGGUUAUCUUACUCUGUAUUUACCUCUCCCUCAGACACCAACUCUCCACAGAGCACUUCUCCCAGCUCCAGCUCUCCCAGCUCCCCAGCUGCACACAUCCGGCCCAGCUCCCUGCACGGCUUGGGCUCCAAGCUGGUCACUCAGCAUUACACCAAGGUGGGUCGCCGCAAGUCCACCAGCAGCAUCCCCCCGUCCCCCCUGGCCUGCAACUCUUCCACCCAGCCCCUGUCGCCCCAGCGCUCCCCCUCCCCCCUUCCUGGCAUCACCAAUACCUUCCACGGCAAGACUCUGUCCCCCCCCACCAUCGUCCGCCAUUGUGUGCGCCCCCGCAGCGCCGAGCCUCCCCGCUCCCCCCUCCUCAAGAGGGUGCAGUCGGCUGAGAGGCUCUCGAGCGCCUACCACACCGACAAGAAGUCGUACCCCCACCGAAGGCACACGUUGGAGGUGCCUUUCCAGGAUGAGGGGGAGGAGGUGGAGGGGGUCUGCAGCGGAGGGGUCUCCUACCUCGGGGACCACGGGAGGCUGCAGGGGGGGUACGGGGGCUGCCAGAGGCUGAGGGACUGGGCGACGGAACGCUCAGAGCAGCUGGUGGUGAUGAGGAAGCUCAACCUGUCGGAGCGCCGCGACUCCUUCAAGAAGCAGGAGGCGGUGCAGGAGGUGAGCUUUGACGAGCCCGACGACCAGAAGACCAUCCCCACGCUCACUGCGACGCUCAACGCCCCUGGAGGCAAUCGGCUCCCGCAGCGGGCGGCCUCCUGGUCGGCCAUUUCCCAAACCAGCGAGGAGGUGACUGUGGUGAAACGUUUCAUCCAGGUGCCUCAGAUCGCUGUGCAGGGCUCGAUGGAGAGCGUGGACCAGGACGUCUGGGAGCCGUGCUCAGACGGAGAGGAGGAGGACGACGAGAGGCAGGAGGCUGAAUCUACCGAUUCCAACAUUGGACCACAACAGCCGAGCAAGGAUGUCUUUCUCAUGGUAGAAAUCUCCAGUAAGGCACCAGAAGAGACAGCUGCU